AACCUAUCAGUCAGUUUGUAAGGCAGUUGAAUUACGAUUUAUACCAAUGUAUUUGGAAAGCCCGGAGUACAUAAAAUAUUCAUUUGGUUUUUCACAUUUUUCAACUUCAGUAUCAUCAUUAAAUAAGAUUGGAGUAUCUCCAAAACGCGAUAUUCGACGUUUAUCACAAAAUGUAGGAACAAGUCAACAACAAACUGGUCUAUUUGGAAAUGCUUUAAUGAAUGUAUUUAGUAGUCAAUAUACUGAUGGACAAUUUUUCGGGAAUCUGGACUCAUCCAAACUCUCAGUUUCAUCAAUGCGUCGUAAUCAAAAAGAUCGGUUUGGUAGUAUUCUCAAUGAUCAAACUAAUCGAUCUAAUCGAUAUUAUACUAAUACUGGCACUACUACUACUACUACUGCUGUCAACGACGAAUUACUUACAAAUCAACAUGUCAUCGGUAUAAAACAUUUACCGGAAACAACACAACAAUUAGAUUUAUCUCAAUGUAAUGUAUAUAUACGUGGUUUAUCACGUCCUGAAGUUGUAACUCAAUCGAAUAAUCGUCAUCCAUUAGGUUUAAUCACUACAUCCACCAUUAACCCACUUGUAUUAUCAUCAACAACAACACUUGGGAUAACGAAUUUACAUUCUAAUCAAACUAAUCACUUACCAGCAUCAAUGAAUAGGAAUAUUUUAUCGAAUAAUAUUAAUAAUAAUACUAUGACAACUCCAAUUUCAUCAUCUACAACAGCUGUACGUGAUAUAAGCUAUCGAAAUAAAAUAUCAAAUGAAUUAAAUAAUUUAAUUAAUCCAUCUAUAUAUAAUAAUUCAUUCGUUUCAUCAUCAUUACCACAACUUUCAACACAGUUUAUGUUCAAUGUUGUUACUGAAAUUGUUAUCAAUGGAGUACGUAGACAAGUGGCUAAAGUAACAAGAAAAUAUUCUGAAUUCUAUGUACUUGAACAAAAAUUAAUUGAAUUUCAUGGUACAUUAAUAAUCAAACAAUUACCAAAACGUCAAUUAACCCCACGUACAAUGGAAUUUCUUGAAAGUAAAUGUGAUAUAUUUCAAAGUUAUUUACAGGAUUCCAAGCUAGCGCCUAUCUGAUGAUGCAGUUUGAUGAUUUGCGUAAUGUGUGUCCUAUCAAUUUCCAUCGUCUUUUCCUGAUAACCUUGAAUUGUUGUGGUGUGCAACUGACCUAUAAUCUAUUCCACUCCUUUUUUUUUCGUUUUAACCUAUCAGAUGGAUCCCCUUUCGUUUAUAAAUAAAGAUUGAAUUUUCAGCGUAAACCUUCAAUCAAACUGAUCAUCAACAGAUAAGAUAACUAUCUAUUAGAAUGAACUGUUCAUUUAAUAGACUAACAUACUUACUUACACCUGUUACCUCUCAUGGAGGAGCACAAGCCGCCGACCAGCAUUCUACAUUCAACUCUGUACUGGAUAAUCCUUUCCAGUUACUAUUCAUCCUUUUGAUGUGUGCUUCCAAAUCUCCGACAUAGUAUGUUCCUCAACAUUCCUCUUCUCCGUUUCCCUUCUGAAUUCCAAGUUAAAGCUUUCGUCCUGAUGCAAUUUGAUGAUCUCUGCAAUUUAUGUCCCAUCUCCUCAACUCCUAGGGCAGAGUUUAAUUGGCUUAAAUUAUUUGUUGUAGUUAGCGCUUUUUUUGGAAACGUUUUCUAAAGGGUGUGGUUGUUGACACCAUGCUCAACCCCCCUCCUUUAUUCGGGCUUGGGACUGAGCUACAAACGGAGUUCACAAACUAACAUUGUUACAUAUACAAUAAAAAUACCUAUAAAAUAAAUGUUGUAGAGGUAAUUGAAAAAGAUCAACUUCAUUGGUCAUUCGUGCAGCUUCUAAUUAAGACUUCAUUCAUCAUCAUCGGAUUUAUUACCUGAUUAUUAUGAGCAUUUACAUUUGACUACUAUUUGAGUUGUAAAUGUUCUAAUUAAUUAUGACAGAUUCAUAAAUAUUUCCAAUGAGGUGAGUAAGAAGAGAAGAGCUUAUGUGAAGGAAAAAAGAAAUGGAAUAGAAUCUUGAAUCACAUAUAUAUGUAUAUAUGUGUGUAUAACCUUAGAGGAUAAUUCGUUCUUUUGUUUUGACAUUUAUCUGUAUUUAUUUAUGGAUUGUUUACUCCCUUACCCCCCCUCUCUCUCUCUCCCUUUUCCUUUCCCUACUCAUUGUUCUAUUCGAUUAUUUCUUCUUUGUUUAAGAUAUAAAAUUGUCCUUGUCCUUUUUCAAUUUAAUAAAUAUUUAUUGUUUGUUGACAUGAUAAUAAUAAUAAUUUUUUUGUGGA